AUGCCCAAAACACUAACAUGUGGUGUGGAAUUUAUGCGAGGAGCAUUACUUUUCCUCAAUGCAUUGUUUGUAAUUUUUGCUCUUGCCCUUCUUGGUAUUGGUAUAUACAUCAAAGUGGACACUAAUUUUGCAUCGAUUCUCAGCAAGCUGGCUACUGACGGCAGUUUCGAAGUAAAAACUCUUGGAUUUUUAGCUUUCGUUAUGAUUGGUGGUGGAGUUUUUACUCUUAUCAUUGCACUGUUAGGUUGUAUAGGAGCAUUGUGGAAUAAUCGAUGUUUAUUAUAUUUGUAUUCUGUAAUUCUUAUCAUUUUAAUGAUCAUCGAAUUAGUUGCUUUUAUUUUGGCUUUGGUUUACAAAGGAAAACUUCAAAGCCUUUUUGAACAACCUUUAUAUGAUAUCUUAGAGACUGCUUUGACCAAAAAGGAUAACACUACAAUACUAGCUUUCCAUGACUUGGAAGAUGCAAUGAAAUGCUGUGGUGUCCAUAAUUCAUCGGACUAUGCUAGCCACCCUGAGUAUGGUAAUUCUAAACAGUGCCAGACAGAUAAAAAUUCGAAAGGUUGUUCUCAAGCUAUUAUCGAUUUGUUCACUAAGAAUUUACCAAUAGUUGGUGGCACAUUAGGUGGUAUUUUAAUAAUUGAACUUAUUGGUUUGAUUGGUGCUUGUAUAUUGGCUAGAGUACUCAAAGAAUCACCUGAUGCCCGCUAUUCAUCAACUCCAGGAGGAUGGGGAAAACUUACUCGUCGAAAUUAA